CGAAACAAGCUCAGGAUUAUUACAAGCAAUAAAACCCUAGCUAGAGCUUUAACUUCUUCUCUUCCUCUUCCCACUGCGGCACUCCAAAACCCUGUUUAUUCCCUUUUCCGAUUAGAGGCUGUGAUUAAUUAUAAAAAUGAGCAAAGGCGGAGCAGUCAGCGGCGGCGGAGCCAAGGGAAAGAAGAAGGGAGCAACCUUCACUAUCGAUUGCGCUAAACCAGUUGAGGAUAAGAUUAUGGACAUCGCCUCUCUCGAAAAGUUCCUCCAGGAGCGCAUCAAAGUCGGCGGCAAAGCCGGAGCUCUCGGUGAUUCCGUCACCGUCAGUCGUGAGAAGUUCAAACUCACCGUCACGUCCGACUCCAACUUCUCCAAACGAUAUUUGAAGUAUUUGACUAAGAAGUACUUGAAGAAGCACAAUGUGAGGGAUUGGCUUCGCGUAAUUGCGUCUAACAAGGAUCGUAAUGUUUACGAGCUUCGAUAUUUUAACAUUGCUGAGAAUGAAGGGGAAGAUGAAGAGUAAAUUUGUAUUGCUCCUUAUCUCCAGUUUAUGUCAGGCUUUAGGGUUUCGUUACUAUAUUUUUCGAAACAUUAAGAAUAUUUUUGUCAACGGAAUUAUGAAAAAUCUUAUUACUAGCUUUCUUUGGUUA